AUGACCAUGGCGCCAGAUAGCCCGAGCCGGGACAACGAUGAAAAUGCUCCGCCAAACCAGAUUCCAUUACAGGAUCUCUCCAAAUCGGGAGAUUCCCGCGAGCGUGGCAGAAGUCGCGCGACGACCAGUCUCUUCUCACGACCGUCGCUAGCCAGGAGGGGGUCGCGGAGGAACUAUGAAAGUGUCGCUGAGGAUUCCCCCAUUGAUUCGGCUGGACCGAGCAGGAAUCCAUUUCAACACCCGCAGACCGGCUUCAACGAUGUCACCUCACCGAUUGACGACCUCGGAGGCUUCGCGCAAGCAAUGUCAUCAGUUGGCCUCAGCUUCGAUGGACCGCAAUCGAGGGCGUCCGUCGAGGGCCCCUCGGCGUCCAGGGGCUUCGAUGAUGCUGCUUCGGACCUCGAUGUCGUGCCUCUAGACCCGUACGAUCCCCACGAUCCCCACGGUGGUUACAACGCCCCCGCAGAUGAAGACACGGUGGGACUGACCGAUCCUCGAUACCUCCAACCGAUGAGUGGUGCGGCCGGCGCAUCAGAGAGACGGAGUACGGACACUGGUGGCCACUCUUCGCAUCUCAGUGGUUCACGACUCGGCGAUGAUCUGCCGCAUCUAGAGGAGGGCCUGGGAAGUCGUCGUGGUAGCAGUGCGCGGGAUCGGUCGCGUUCUUUGUCUCCAUCGGCCUCAGGUGGAGCGUUGCAGCGCGCUAGCUCCAUGGUCAAAUCCAUGUCACAGCGUGUGGUCAACCUGAGCAACGAACCGGAAGUUGUACAGCAGACGAUUGAGAGAGAGGAACUAAACAAAAAUGCACGAAUGGAUGGACCGCCAGUCCUACCCGCGAUGGUGGAUUAUGCAGACAUCUCGAAUCAGCAGGCCGAAGCAGCUCGCGAGAAGCGCGCAAGCAAGAUGUGGAAACAGCGAAACAACCCUUUCAGAGGCAGGUCACUAGGACUCUUGGGGCCGAACAAUCCACUUCGUCUGUGGCUGUGCGAUAUUUUGGUGAAUUCAUACAUGGAGCCCUUCAUUCUGAUCGUCAUCGUCAUUCAAACCAUUCUGUUGACGGUGGAAGAUUCCCUCGCCAGCUAUGCAAGACCACUGGCUUGGGGAGACAACAACCUGGACUACGUUUUCCUUGUUAUCUUUAUCAUUUAUACACUCGAGAUCGGCUCUAAGAUCCUGGUCUCUGGAUUUAUCUUCAACCCCGUCGAGUACAGCACACUAAACCGCAGCCUCGGCGUCAGGAAAGCCAUUGCGGAGAAGGGCAGGAACCUGAUUACGCCGCACCGGCAGAUGACGACCAAGAAAGCAUCAGUACUCCAGGCUGAGCCACAAGCCUCAAUUCUCCGUACCUUUACUGGGAUGAACGGGCUGGAUACCGAGGUGUAUGACGAUCCUCUGCACAAGCGCCGUGUCAGACUUGCUCAUCGUGCUUUUCUUCGACACUCAUUCAAUCGGCUGGAUUUUGUCGCCGUAGUUGCCUUCUGGGUAUCAUUUGUACUUACUUGGUCCGGUGCCGAGAAGACGCACCAAUUGUACAUUUUUCGCAUGCUGAGCUGUCUUCGUAUCUUACGUCUUCUGGCCAUGACAAAUGGCACUUCGGUGAUUCUUCGAAGUCUGAAACGAGCGGCGCCUCUGCUGGUUCAUGUUGCCUUUCUAAUUGGGUUCUUCUGGCUUCUCUUUGCCAUUAUUGGUAUCCAGAGCUUCAAGUCUAGCUUCAGAAGAACAUGUGAAUGGAUUGAUCCCGAGGGGGAGAGCAACUACUCCUUGAGUGACGCAUGGGACACUGUGCAGUUUUGUGGAGGAUACCUGGAUGGCACGACUGGGGAAAAGAUGCCGUGGCUUGAUCCCUAUGGGGCUAACGCAGGAUUUAGCCCGAAAGGAUACAUUUGUCCUCAGGGCUCUGUCUGCAAGGAAGGCUCUAAUCCAUACAAUGGAACUAUGAGCUUUGAUAACAUCAUGCACUCUUUGGAGCUGGUUUUCGUGAUCAUGAGCUCCAACACUUUCACCGACCUGCUCUACUAUACCACUGACAGCGACUACCUCGCAUCUGCUUUGUUCUUUGCCUGUGGCUUUGUCAUUCUGAGUCUAUGGCUAGUGAAUCUGCUAGUUGCGGUGAUCACUCAUUCGUUUCAGGUUAUCCGAGAAGAAAGCAAGCGCAGUGCUUUUGCUGUUCAGCAAAUUGAUAAUGUCGAUGAGGAUGAGACAAUGUCUCGCGGACCCAGCCCGCUCAAGCGCAUUUAUGAUCGGACAAAUUGGAUUUGGGUCUGCCUCAUCAUUUUCGACCUCAUAGUGCAAGCACUGAGAAGCUCCUCAAUGUCCGCUUCUCGAGCCAAGUUCAUUGACACAACGGAGCUUGUCAUAACCCUGGUCUUCCUCGUCGAGAUCAUUUUGCGCUUCGCCUCAGAUUGGAGAGUCUUCCACCGAAGACAACGUAAUUUGGUGGAUCUGUUUCUUGUGAUCAUUACCUGCGUGAUUCAAUUGCCACCUAUCAGGAAUUCAGGUCGCCCAUAUACAGUCCUCACUCUCUUCCAGAUCCUCCGAGUUUAUCGGGUUGUCCUAGCCUUCUCUGUGACCAGAAAGCUGAUCGUGGUUGUGUUCCGCAACACUGUUGGUCUUCUCAACUUGAUCUUCUUCCUCUUCUUGAUGACAUUUUUGUCUGCCAUUUUUGCCACACAGCUCUUCCGGAGUCAAAUACCAGCGGAAGAUCCAGGAGGCAAUGGCAUCAUGAUUCAGUUUUCAAACAUCUACAAUUCCUUCUUAGGAAUGUACCAAAUUCUCUCGAGUGAGAAUUGGACUACCAUUCUCUACAAUGCAACCGCAGCCACAACUCAUUUCAACACAGCCUGGAUCUCGGCCGCGUUUCUUAUUCUUUGGUUUAUCGUGGCCAAUUUCAUCAUCCUGAACAUGUUCAUUGCUGUUAUCCAGGAAAGCUUUGAUGUUUCAGAGGACGAAAAGCGCAUGCACCAAGUCCGUACCUUCCUGGAGCAGAAGCAACUGCAUGGGGCUCCCCAGGGAAACCUCGCGCUCUCGAAGAUUCUUCGACUGGGGCGAGACUCGGCCCGGUAUAAAGACCCACUUGACUCUGGUCCUGCCGCGAUGGCAUUGCUACUAAAGGAUGCCGUGGUAACUGAGUUCCUUGACGAGGAAGCUUCCCAGGCGGAACGAGAUAGACCGAAGGGCCCGCGGAGGGUGAGCACGAUGAUGGAAGGCGCUGCGCAAGACACCAUCCAGCCCGGCUGGAUUUCAAUGUUAUGGACAAGAGCAAGUACGCUCGUCAUGCGCCGGGAGCCGAAUCCUUUCUAUUCGAAGCUAAAGUUCUCCCGGGCAUACGAGGAGCUCGAUCCGCGAACAAUGGCACAAGAGGUUGUAACUGCAGCAGAGCAACGCAAACGGGACCAGCGUGACUACUUGAUCAAGCAUCCCACUUAUAACAAGUCGCUUUUCCUCUUCGAGCCAGCUCAUCCUGUUCGAAAGCUCUGCCAAAGGAUUGUCGGCCCAGGCCGUGGCCACCAGCGAGUGGAGGGCGUCGAUCCUUACAAGCCAGUGUGGUACUGCUUCUCCGCUUUCAUUUACGCAGCAAUUGUUGCCAUGGUUCUUCUCGCUUGUAUCACGACGCCAUUAUACCAGCGACAGUACUUCCGGACUGACCGCAAUUGGUUCGUCUAUACAGAUCUCGGAUUUGCCGUUGUAUUCACUGUUGAAGCCGCCAUCAAAGUAAUCGCUGACGGGUUUUUCUGGACACCAAACGCCUUUUUCCGAAGCUCCUGGGGUUUUAUUGACGGUAUUGUGUUAAUCACACUUUGGAUCAGUGUUGGUGGCUCCCUCAAAGAGGACUGGAACGUUUCCAGGGCUAUUGGAGCCUUCAAAGCACUGAGGGCAUUGCGCCUGUUGAACGUUAGCGACAGUGCCAAAGACACAUUCCAUUCUGUCAUUAUUGUCGGAGGAUGGAAGGUCGUGGCAGCUGCCGCUGUUUCAAUGAGUUUCCUCAUCCCAUUCGCAAUUUACGGUGUCAAUCUGUUCAAUGGGCAGUUGGUCAGCUGCAAUGAUGGUGAUUUCUCUGGGAAUCUGACCAAUUGCGUUGGUGAAUACUCAAGCUCACCGUACAAUUGGGAUGUCCUUGCUCCUAGGGUCCCGUCAAACUCCUACUAUGACUUUGAUAAUUUUGGUGACUCUCUCUUCAUUUUGUUCCAAAUUGUCUCCCAGGAGGGUUGGAUUGACGUGCAGGAGCAUGUCAUGGGAAUCACAGGAAAGAUGAUGCAACCAGAAGACAUGGUCGCUCCAGAGAACGGUUUGUUCUUCGUCAUAUUCAACUUGCUUGGUGCUGUGUUCGUCUUGACGCUGUUCGUGUCUGUGUUCAUGCGCAACUACACAGAGCAGACUGGUGUUGCUUUUUUGACAGCCGAGCAACGUUCUUGGUUGGAACUGCGAAAACUUCUCCGGCAGAUCUCGCCCUCGAAACGAUCUUUUACCGACAAGAGCAAGAAACUACGGCUCUGGUGCUAUCGAAUUUCAGUCAAAAAGACUGGUGGUUGGGCAUGGUUCGUGACAUCCAUUCUCUGUGUCCACCUGCUUCUACUUGUGGUCGAAUAUUAUCCUGAGCCUGUUUGGUGGGAGACUACGCGAGCUAUCAUAUUCUUUGCAUUCAUGUUUGUCUAUGUGGCGAACAUCCUGAUUCGACUGAUUGGCCUUGGUUGGCAUCGUUUCAGCCGAAGCUCGUGGGAUCUUUUCUCUCUCAUCGCUGUCCCUGGCGCUACCGUCACUUGUAUCUUGGAUCUUUCAUACAACACGCACGUCGUGGUCGAGCUCAACAAGCUUUUCCUUGUAUCCGUUGCUCUGUUGCUUAUCCCGCGGAACAACCAGCUUGAUCAGCUUUUCAAGACAGCCGCAGCCAGUCUCUCAGUGAUCGGCAACCUUUUAGCUACCUGGUUUGUCUUGUUCUUGGUUUUUGGCAUCGCGAUGAACCAAGCGUUCGGCCUCACUAAGUUUGGCGAUAACGAAGAUCACAAUCAGAACUUCCGCGAUGUUCCCAAAUCUCUGAUUCUGCUCUUCCGAGCAAGUUGUGGAGAAGGAUGGAACGAGUACAUGGAAGAUAUUGCUACGAUGGUCCCACCCAUGUGCACGUACGACUCAAACUUCCUUGCAUCUGAUUGCGGGAGUGCUGCAUGGGCUCGAUGCCUCUUUAUUGCAUGGAACUUGAUUAGCAUGUACAUUUUUGUCUCUUUGUUUGUUUCACUCAUCUUCGAGAGUUUCUCCUAUGUCUACCAGCGGAGCAGCGGGCUCUACGCGAUCAGUCGUGAAGAGAUCCGCCGGUUCAAACAAGCGUGGGCCACAUAUGAUCCAGAUGGCACGGGCUUCAUAUCCAAAGAUCAGUUCCCCCGCUUACUUGGUGAGCUCUCAGGAGUGUUUGAAGUACGGAUUUACGAGGGAGAAUUCUCAGUCGGCAGAAUCUUGGAGAAAUGCCGUGUUGAGCCUCAAAGGAACUCGAUGGCUUCAAUGGCGAGGAACUCGAUGGUCUCCUUGAAUGAACCACGGCAAUCUUUCCGGCCAAACUCUCGCAUCUCGCAUGGCGUGGAUCUCGACGAGCUUUCUCGUAUCAUCUCCAGAAUCCCGGUCAAGACCAUUCGAGAACGGCGUGAACGUUUGAAUACCUUCUAUGAAGAGAUCCUUGUGUCAGCAGACCCUGACCGCGGCAUUUCGUUCCACCAAUGCCUGAUGAUUCUUGCGCAUCACAACGUGAUCAGUGAUAGUAAGAGUCUGCGUCUGGAGGAGUUCCUGCGUCGCCGGGCACGGCUGCAGCGUGUGGAGGAAGCUGUUCGCCGCAACACUGUCGUUGGUUUCUUCGAUACUCUAUAUUGGUCUCGAGAAUUCCGCCGCAAGAUCGAGCGCAAGAAGAACGGUCGACUAAGCGUGAUCCCAACAUUCACCGUGCCAGAGAUCUUUGUUGAUGAAGGUGAUGAGCCAGGAGAUCACGAUCCAUCGGCUUCCGGUGCCAUGACGCCGCAGACACCGCAGACACAGCCCGAGUUCGACUCUGGUUUCCCGCCCAUGCUCUCGCCAGUCUCGCAACACCGACGAGCCGAGUCUAGCCCGAGCGGGCGCCAUGGAACUCUUCCUCGCCUUGAUACCAACCUUGGUGGGCUUGGAUCUGGCUCCAGUACGCCGACCAGAGAGUGGUCCAGUAUCAGUCCAUCGCGCACCCCGCGGGAGAUGUAUGGGAAUCGUACUUCCUUUGAUACGACUGAGACCCACGAGACAUCUUCGGCCAGUCAUCACUCUCGCGAGAAUAGUGCGAUGAACGCACAAGACGUCAUGAAUUCGUUGGACAACUCCGCCUGGGGCGAGAGUAUCCGGCGUAGUUUCACGCAUCGACGACCGGGUGACCGAACUACUGAAUAG